AUGCAUCACGGCUUCAGACAUCCAGAAGCUCAUAUGGAGACUCUGACAAUGUUUAUUCACACUCCCACUCCCAUUCCCGCAACUACCAGCUCUCCAACCUCAAUCAUAACCGCGACUUCCAUUCCCGCCACGGUUCCACUACCCGCCAACCCCACUGGCCACUACAAAUCCGAGAACUGGAAUACCUCUAGAAGUAUCUGUUUCCCAGAAGAACCUCUCACUUCAGAAUACAAAACACAAUGUUGGGUGAACGUCUUCGACUCAUCCUUCAUAAAUGACAAAAUCGCACAAUCUCUGAUACCAUGUUGCUACAGAAGACUUGAUGUCGUUGAGGGCUGUGGAUAUCAAUGUAUAUCUAAUUAUACAGAAGGGCCCGAUGAUAAAGGGGUUACGUAUGUUGCUCCCGUUAGAUGGUGGUCAGAGUGUCUACAGAAAUCGGAUUUACCUAGGUAUAGCCCUGAGGUUGCUUCGAACAAGUCUGCGGAUUGGGAUGGAGCUUGGUGUGCGGACCGACCGAGUAUGGCAGGACCUAAGAUGAGGACUGAGAGGAGGUUGUUUGCUGUUAUGUUAGUCAUUGGAGCUGUUUUGCCUAUGGUUUUGCUGUAG